UAGGCCACGCGCCCUUUGACAGUUCCUGUGGCACCAACCAUCCCGGCAGCCAGAAGAAAAGAAACAGAGGAGGUUUGACUAACCAAUCCUAAAGCUCAUCUCUGAAACUCAGAGGAGGAGUGAAAGAUCAACCUAACUCAGAACUCGAACUCAGCACAGGAAAGUCAGUUCCUUUCUCUCUCUCUCUCUCUCUCUCUCUCUCUCUCUCUCUCUACAACUAGAUGCACAGCUUUUCUUUUCCAAAAUCAAACACAACCCACAAUCUGAAGUUUAGGAAUUUAGAAAUUUGGAAAUUUAGAACAGACAAAGAGAAGAGAUGAUGAAACUUGCAGUUGGGUUUUGGUUGUUUCUCUCUCUACUUUCUCUCUCUACCUUAUCUCCAUCGACAGCAGCUGAAGCACCAGCACCAGCUCCUCCUCCCAGAACAAAUAUAACAACAACAGCAGCGUGCCCAAUGGAUCUGAGCUAUGUCCUAAGAAUCCCCUUCAACUCCUCCACCUGCAAAAACUUCCAACCUCCUUCCAAAACCACACAAAUGGAGUCGGAGGACCUCACCAAGAUCCCCUGCUGCCAAACCCUUUUGUCCCUCUUCGGGAUCUCCCUCGCCCAACACCUCAAAGAAACCUCCCUCUUCCAACUCCCCAACCUCCCCACCUCCAUUUCCUGCCUCCAAAACUUCCAGUCCAAGCUCUCCUCCCUCUCCCUCUCUCCCAAUCUUGUCUCCUACUGCUUUGACCCUCUCCAGUUUGUCAUCUCCCCCAACAUCUGCGCCAACAUUCAGUCCACCAGUGAUUGGGUCUCCAAGCUCGGCAACUCCACCGUCCUCGACUCCGCCUGCCGCCCUGACCUCGCCGAUCUCUCCCUCUGCGGGGGCUGUGUCGACGCCGGCUUUGCCAUUCAGAAGAUGUUGAUUGCCGCCGAUGGUAACUCUUCUCACACUAAAGACUGUUGGUACUUUACUAUUCUUUAUGCUGCUGGUAUUGUCAAUGAGUUUGGCCCUGAGAGCAAUGGUGUUGUGAACUGUAUAUUUGGGUUGUCUUCUUCCAAUGCGCCAUCGUCGAAAAAGAGCAAUACUGCCCUUGUUUUCGGCCUCACUGGCGCUGGGGUUGCGGUGUUUGUCAUGUUUAGUUUGUUGGGGUUGUACUUUUGGUAUGAUAGGAGGUGGAGGAACAAAAGGAUUAUAGGGUCUCGAAUGGAAUCCGGUUUUGACUUGGAUGAACGAGAUGCUAGGAUUAGAGUGAGACCAAACACCGGUUCAAUUUGGUUUAAAAUUCAGGACCUUGAGAAGGCUACUAACAAAUUUUCGCAGAAGAAUUUUAUCGGUCGAGGUGGAUUUGGUGUUGUUUACAAGGGUGUGUUGCAGGACGGGACUACGGUUGCUGUUAAGAAAGUUAUAGAAUCUGAUUUUCAAGGGGAUGCUGAAUUUUGCAAUGAGGUUGAGAUUAUUAGCAAUUUGAAGCACCGGAAUCUUGUCCCGCUUAGAGGUUGUUGUGUGGUCGAGGGGGAAGACAGUUACGAGGAGAAAGGAAGUCACAGAUACCUUGUCUACGAUUACAUGCCGAAUGGGAAUCUAGAUGACCAUCUCUUUAUUUCUCAGCCUAGUAGUCAGAGCGGAACUGAAAGGAGACCCUUGACUUGGCCUCAAAGAAAGAGCAUAAUCUUGGAUGUAGCCAAGGGUUUAGCUUAUCUUCACUAUGGAGUGAAGCCUGCGAUAUAUCACAGAGAUAUUAAGGCUACAAAUAUACUACUAGAUGCCGAUAUGAGAGCGAGGGUGGCAGACUUUGGGCUUGUAAAACAGAGCUUGGAAGGCCAGUCUCAUCUCACUACUAGAGUGGCAGGGACUCAUGGAUACUUAGCCCCUGAAUAUGCUCUUUAUGGACAGCUGACUGAGAAGAGCGAUGUUUAUAGCUUUGGAGUGGUUAUUUUGGAGAUUAUGUGUGGGAGAAAAGCACUUGAUUUGUCAUCUUCAGGUUCCCCUCGUGCUUUUUUGAUCACAGAUUGGGCAUGGUCAUUUGUGAAAUCUGGAAAAGCUGAGCAAGCUUUAGACUUCUCAUUGGUGAGAGAUGGGGAUAAUGCGAAUUCGAAUCCAAAGAGCAUAAUGGAGAGAUAUUUGCUGGUCGGCAUUUUGUGUGCUCACGUAAUGGUGGCUUUACGGCCUACCAUUUUGGAAGCCCUGAAAAUGCUGGAGGGAGAUAUUGAGGUGCCACAGAUUCCAGAUAGGCCGAUGCCUCUUGGUCAUCCUUCAAGUUAUGGCAAUGGCAACGGUAACACGUUCAGCAUAUCACCAGCUUUGAGCGGGCCAAAAUUACACAGCAGAGACAUGCUCAGGUAAUCUAGAAAGAUUUGCGAUUCUUUAGUUUGUACAUUGCCUCGAAGGAUGUAAAGAGUGAGAAGCAUGUUCAUGGAAGACCCUCCAGUCCAUGAGUUCAUUCAAGGUUUAGCAGAGAGUGAAGCACUUCAUGGGCCUGCUGACCGUCUGAGUCCUUGGGAGAUUCUUAAAGCUCGAAAAAUUUCAGUAUGGCAGUAACACAACCUAGUUUAUCAAACGCAACCUAAUUUAUCAAGUGUAAUAAUAUAAGAGGUUGGAAUUUUUCAGUGGGCCGUGUUCUCGACACACUCAACAAUCUCUCUUACCGCUCUAACGUGUUUAUUAGUUCAAAAGCGUAUGUACAUAGGUUUUGGUGAGAUUUUGAUUUAUAUUUGUAUAGUAAUAGUAAGGUAAAUAGUAAAUACCUAUCAGCUUGUAACUGUAGGGGUGGGAAAUUUUGUUGUUUUGUUUCCUUGCUUGUAAUACGUUUUUGUGGGCAACUUGUAAUCCAAGUUGUUAAUGCUCAGUGACGGGCUUGCCGCUGCCACUCCCACUAUAUUUCCCUAUUUCUGUAAGAAGUAACUGGAAAAUAGAGAGUGAUUCAAAAAU